AUGUCCGGGCUGGGCAGUGACGAUGUGCUCUACUACCUGUAUGACCCAAAUCUGGUCCCCCCCGCGCGUGACAAGUACAUCCAAGUCAUUUCAGAGCUCCUUGCCGGGUACUAUGACUCUUCGUACGUGGACAAGAUCAAUAUUAUGGACAUCCUGCGCGGCGGUGCGAUGGAGGCGGUGGAGCUGUGCGAGGACGCCAAGAGCAUCCUCUCAAAAGAACCCACGGUGCUUGGCCUUUGUGUGGGUGAUGUGGACGAUUUUGUCUUUGUAGGCGACAUCCAUGGCCAGUUCAACGACUUACUGCACAGCGUGUUGUCAGUGCAGCUGUCGAGGUCUGCGCCAGUUUCGCGAAAGGGCACUAAGGUAGCUACGCAGCCAACACAACGCAUGAAUGACGAGGAGGCCCGCGGGGAACGGAGCUCCCCACUGCCCAUCGUUGCGACCCCGACGCUGUCGUCGUCCUUGGCACCUCUGCCCUCCAGCACCGCCAUGCCGCGCCACCGCGACGACAGCCGCGGCUUCGGGCGUGACGCCGGAAAGAUCAUACGUUUUUUGUUUCUCGGCGACUACGUUGACCGCGGCCCGCGCGGGCUGGAAGUCAUUGUGCUCCUUCUGGCUCUCAAAAUCGAGUACCCGCAGCAUGUCUUUCUCCUGCGCGGCAAUCACGAGGAGGCGCAGACUAAUCGCCUGUACGGCUUCUUUGACGAGUGUCGAGCGAAGUUGUUUAUGGCGCACCAUGCCCGUGACCACAUGUCUUACGUAGAGCCCGGGUGCGACGGUGCGUAUUCCUCCCUCAUUCAGCGCUCGCCGAUAAACGUGGCGAAGGAGGCGAUAGGGUCAGAGUGUCACAAUUCACAUCCGCACUUUUUGCACCUCGAUGGUGAGUGCGCCACCCAUCUACGUGGCACCUCUGGCAGCAGCCGAAGUAACAGCAGUAGUGCAGAGGUGCAGUCUUCCUUAGUUGAAACCGAUGCGGACGCGUGGGUGUCGUUCAACGCUACCUUCUGCUGGCUCCCGCUGGCAGCCGUCGUUUGCUGCUGUGCAGGGUCCUUUUUCUGCACGCAUGGGGGGCUGAGCCCCCCUCUGCGCCGGAUUACCCAGCUGCAUCGCCUCAAGCGCGAGACGUACGGCGCCGGGCUGUGCGAGACAAUCACGCCGCCGCUGAGCAGCAGCUGCAGCGUAACGAGCAGUCCGGAGCGGUCACCUCGGGGCGUCUAUGGCAGUCCUGCUUCAAAGCGGGAGCCAAACCAGAUUAUUGAUGGCCUCCUGUGGUCCGACCCAUCUGACCACCACGCAGGAUGUCAGGUAAACGUGCGCGGGUGCGGCUACUCUUUCGGCGUAGACGUCACGCGUCGCUUUCUCGACGCCAACUGCGGUUACGCCGCCUCACAGACACCCUCGCUUCGGGCGAAAGUGAGCAAGGAUAACGAGGAGGAGAAGCGCUCGUGUCCCGGAUCGACACCUCCGAGGAACGCUCAGCACGGCAAGUCUCAGCGCAUGCACUUUAUCAUGCGUGCCCACCAGUGCGUCACGGCUGGUUUUCAGUGGACCCAGGAGGGGUUGAUGGUGACAUUGUUCUCCGCCCCAAAUUACUGCGGCAUGAACGGCAACAAAGGCGCCAUUGCGAUGCUUCACGGUGCCGCACAGACUUCUGGUGAAUCGAUUCGGCUCGAAUUCAAGGUGUACGACAGUUUCAAGUGUGCUUCGUUCACCGGUGGAUCGAAGCUGACCCACGGCAAGCUCGAGCACAAGAAGAGCGGAAGCAACUUUUUGGCGACUGGCGGCGCACAGCCACGUUGCCCAGCCUUUCCUCUGCGUGACCGCAACGUUGUGAACAAUCCUAUUUUGGAGGCGUACUUUGGCAGCAUUGCAAAGUCGGAAAACUGA